AUGAAAAUAAACAAGGAUGUAGCCGCGAAUGUAUCGCAUACUAAACGCGGUGGACAAGUGCUUCCACUCAUCUGCAAACUGGCAUCUACAGUUCGCCGUAAACUACGGAGGACGGUGACGCGUAUAGACGAUAUGUCCACUAGUGGAGAAGGUGGAGAGAAAGUAAUGAAAUACAGAGGCGUAAGAAAGAGGAAAUGGGGAAAAUAUGUAGCCGAAAUUCGAUCAGGAAAGAGAUCACGCAUAUCAUUGGGCUCCUACUUUACUCCUGAAGCUGCAGCUCGAGCUUAUGACGCUGCGCUUUUGUGCCUUCGAGGGCCCACUGCUUCGUCUUUCAAUUUCCCAGACUCGCAGUUCAACUCAACUGCAUUGGACGUGACAAAAGUAGAGAGCAAUCCAUCACCGCAGGCUAUUCGAACCGCUGCCGUUGCAGUUGGGUCUGCCUGCGACAUCGUUCCUGCAAGAUACUUUCGUAAUGAUAACAAUGAAAUCUGUGAGGAGGGCGCACCCAACGCUGAGAAAGAGCUAUCAGCCCAAGGUGGAGAAAGCAUUAGUGAUCAAGGGAAUGCAGUGGUUGAGGAGAAAAUUGCAGAAGAAGAACAGGUGAUAUGUGAAUCGAGUGAUGCAAAGUCUCUCGUACAAUCGCCACAGCAUAUAUCAUUGCUUGCCCCUGUAUGA